AUGGACGAGACCUACCGAGCCAAGUUAUCCGGUUCGCCCAAGCCUCAUCCUCAAGUACAUGUAGGUGACGAUCACACACCUCCUCACCAGGACAACCACGGGGAUACCAUCCACAUCCAGCCUAAUCAUCCAGCUAAUAACACUUCACACCCUAUCCCCAUCCAGUUGCCUAACAUCUACGUUCAUCCCUACCCACCAAGAGAACGUACACCCCCUCCUCCUCCUCCUCAACCUGCUCCACCCCCUCCAGCACCUGCACCAGUCAUGCCACCUGUUACGGUCAACGUUACUGCUCCGCCUAAAGAGACGGUACCAAAAGGAAGGAAAAUUGGUCCAUUCAGAAUUACCAAGCCUCACCCACUACUUUGGGUGAGCUUGAUUCUCAGUGUGAUCGCGCUGGUGUUGGAGGUUCCUAAAGGGAGUUUACCUACUUUGACCGGUAGACAUAAGGCAUUGAGGACUCAGGAAAAAUUAGUUUCCGAGAAACUAGCUCUCCUCACCAAACUAUCUACUUUCCUCCCACCACCUCUCUCAUCCCUCGUUGCUCCCUUGGAUCCAACCUUGCCAUUGCAGACCUCCUUAUUGGCUUUGAACGAUCAUCGUCAACUAGACCUCUUACGACUAGCACCCAAUCUUCGAUUCUGGAAUACAGCGAUCGGCGUGCCGUACGGUGUGGGUGUAGGUGAAUGGUCAAUCGAAGAUCUAGGUCAAGGGGCUAGUGUAGUGAGAAGCAAAGAUGCGGAAAGGGAAAAGGAAGUUUGGGUACUGAAAGUUGCAGAAGGUAGUGAGGAAAAUACCAAUACUCUAGCUUUAUCUACUGCCCUCACUCACUCGCUAUUACUUCGCGAUCGACUUCAAAACGAAGUUUCUCAACUUAAAAUACACCUUGUCCUGCCUGUCCUAAGCCUGAUCAUGGACAUGGACAUUAUCAUCUCGACACUUCCCAUGGACAUAUCCAUGGGGGAAGAAUGGGAGCGAUUGGAAGAGAGAAAACGAAGAGAUAAAGAGAGACAUAGGGAGAUAGAAGAGAGGGAAAGGGAAGUUGCAAGAAGAGAGAAAUGGGUCGUGGAAGAAAUGAGAAAGAUGAGUGACAAGAUUCAUGGUCAAGCUACCGAAUUAACCUUGGAAGAUAGGAUAACCGAAAGAUUGAAAUCUUAUCAGAGGCAAUUAUCGCACUUGAAGGAAAACAAGCAUGAUGAGCUUUAA